GUGGUGCAUCGUACAUCCUCUGUUGACCUAGUCCUUGAGCUCUUGGUGUGUUUGUUUGUAGAGUAGAGGCAUCCAGGAAGGAAUCGUCCGUUCGCUCCCAGUGCAGUGGUUCACGGUUUGAACUCGAUUCAACUCCACGGUUCUGAAGGUCGACACGCUUGUCGCGAGUAAAGUUCUAUCGCCGUGGUGUGUGAUGCAAUCGAUUGCAAGGAUUCAAGGGCAAGUUUGCAGUUUAAAGUGAUGUGGUUGAAAUUAGAACAGAGUUUACUAGAAUAAUUUGAAAAAAGGGAAGAUUUGUUUGUGGCCAGUAACCUUUAGAACGUCGUGUGAUUUAUAAAAAGCAACCAAAAUGACACAGUUGUUCAAAAUCCGCCACAAAAACUCGACAAAAUUCGGCACAAACAUGGAACGGGGACUCCAUGAUCGCGACAGGGUCGGGCUGCAGGAUCAGGUCCUGCUAGAGAACUACCAAAGCGAGGACGCGUUCAUCGACAAUCUGAAGAAGCGCUUCCAGGAGAACCUCAUCUACACCUACAUCGGCCACGUACUGAUUUCCGUCAACCCGUACAAGGAGCUACCGAUCUACACGGAAGAUGACGUCAAAGAGUACCGGAAACGACACUUCUUCGAAGCACCACCCCACGUCUUUGCCUUGAGUGACAACGCGUACCGUUCGUUGACCGAGGAGAACCGCGGCCAGUGCAUCCUCAUCUCGGGCGAGAGCGGCUCGGGCAAGACGGAGGCGUCCAAAAAAGUCCUGCAGUUCAUUGCCGCCGCCACCGGGCACACGACCAGCGUCGAGGGCGUCAAGGACAAACUGCUGCAGAGCAAUCCGGUGCUGGAGGCGUUCGGCAAUGCCAAAACCAACCGCAACGACAACUCGUCCCGCUUUGGCAAGUACAUGGACGUGCAGUUUGACUUCCGGGGCGCGCCCGAGGGCGGUAACAUCCUGAACUACCUGCUCGAGAAGAGCCGGGUGGUGCACCAGAGUGGCGGCGAGCGGAACUUUCACAUCUUCUACCAGCUGCUGGCCGGCGCGGACGAUGCGCUGCUGCAGGAGUUGCACCUGAAGCGCAAGCUGGACACGUACUACUACCUGUCGGACGGGGACAACGGGCAUAGUGCGGGGAUCCGCGAUGCGGAAAACUUCCGUCAGGUGCAGAAGGCCAUGGCGGUGAUUGAGAUUCCGGACGAGGAGCAGCGGCUCAUUCUGGACAUUGUGGCCAGUGUGUUGCACAUGGGCAACGUGGGCUUCACCGAGGAGGAGGGCCGGGCGAAGAUUCUGAAGCCGGAGUCGGUGACGGCGAUUGCGAAGCUCCUUGGUUGUGAGCUGGACCAGCUGCGCAGCGCCUUCACCCAUCGCACGAUCGAAGCACGCGGCGACAUUGUGACGAGCCCGCUGAACCGCGACAUGGCCAUCUACGCGCGGGACGCCCUGGCGAAGGCCGUGUACGAUCGGUUGUUCACGUGGCUGGUGUCGCGGAUCAACACGUCGCUGCACGCCGCCCACAUCGCCAAGAAGAACAGCGUGAUGGGCAUUCUGGACAUUUACGGGUUCGAGAUAUUCCGGAAGAACAGUUUCGAACAGUUUUGCAUCAACUUUUGCAACGAGAAGCUGCAGCAGCUGUUCAUCGAGUUGACGCUGAAGCAGGAGCAGGAGGAGUAUUUGCGGGAGGGUAUCGAGUGGGAACCGGUGCAGUACUUUGACAAUAAGGUGAUUUGUAAUUUGAUUGAGGAGAAGCACAAGGGUAUUAUUGCGCUGAUGGACGAGGAGUGUCUGCGUCCGGGGGAUCCGACGGAUUUGAGCUUCUUGCGGAAGAUGAAUGAUAACUUGGGUGAACAUGCGCACUACAUCUGUCACAGCCGAGCUUCGACAACGGUUCAGAAGACGCUGGGUCGGGAUGAGUUCAGGCUGGUUCACUAUGCCGGGGAUGUGACGUACAAUGUGCAUGGCUUCUUGGACAAGAACAACGAUCUGUUGUUCAGGGACUUGAAGGAGGCGAUGGCGAGCUGUAAGAAUGAAAUCAUUACCAAGUGCUUCCCUUCGUCGGACAUUUCGAGCAAGAAGCGUCCGGAAACUGCGGUUACCCAGUUCAAGAACUCGCUGAAUAAUCUGAUGGACAUUCUGAUGUGCAAGGAACCGUCGUACAUUCGUUGCAUCAAGCCGAACGACAUGCAAGCUCAUGGACACUUUGACGUGGAGUUGGUGCGUCACCAGGUUAAAUAUCUUGGAUUGAUGGAGAAUCUGCGAGUUCGCCGAGCAGGUUUCGCGUAUCGACGCACGUACGAACUGUUCCUGCAGCGGUACAAGUGUCUGAGUAGACAAACUUGGCCCCACUACCACGGUCCAGCGAAGGAAGGCGUCCAGAUUCUGGCCUGCGAGUUGGGUUACGAAAAGGACGACUACCGUAUGGGGAAGACGAAGAUCUUCAUUCGAUUGCCCAAAACGCUGUUCGAAACCGAAGAUGCAUUCCAAGCCAAGAAGCACUACCUGGCGUCCAUCAUUCAGGCCCGCUGGAAGGGCCGCCGCCAGCGUCAGAUCUACCUGGAAACUUACGCUAAGAUUGUACGCGGCCAAACGUACAUCCGGCGCUAUCUCGCCAUCCAAGAGCGCAAACGCCGUCGAGCCGCUGCCGACAAGAUCCGGUUCUUCAUCAAGGGCUUCAUCACCCGGCAAGACGAACCCAGCGAGUGCAACAAGUCCUUCAUCGAGCAUACCAAGCGUCACUGGCUGAACAAACUGGCCAAGAGCCUCCCCAACACGUUCAUGAACCACACCUGGAUCCCGGCACCGAAGCACUGCCUGGAAGCGUCCUCCAUCCUGCGACGGCUGCACAAACUCCACCUGGCCCGACUGUACCGCAUUGCGCUCUCCCCCGAAAAGAAGAAACAGUUCGAGCUGAAGGUCCUCUCGCAGGACACCUUCAAGGGCCACAAGAAGAGCUACCCGGAAAGUGUCGGCCCGUGGUUCAUGGACGACCGGAUUUCCAAGGCACGCGACCCCAUCGGAAACUUUGUGGUGACGCAGAUGAACAGCGAAAAGUUGCACUACUCCACCCCGGUGAUCAAGUACGACCGGCGCGGCUACAAACCGCGCGAACGGUUCUUCCUCCUGACGGACAAGGCCGUGUAUCUGCUCGAUGGCAAAACGUACAAGCAGAAGCAUCGCCUCCCGCUGGACAAGGUCGAUUUCUGCAUCACCAGCGAGCGGGACGGCAUCAUGCUGAUCAGGAUUCCGCUCGAGCUCAAGAAGGACAAGGGCGACCUCAUCCUGGACGUGCCGGACAUUAUCGAGUGCUGCAUCUGGAUCCUGGACGUCACCAAGAACCGGACCAUCGUGAACAUCGUCGAGACGGGAUCACUUUCGCACAAUCUAGUCAGAGGCAAAACCGGUGUGAUCGAGAUCCAGACCGGACCGCAGCCCAGUAUUACACGAGCCAAGAGCGGAAAUCUGUUGGUUAUUGCAGGACAAUGAACCAGGGCCAACCAUUCUUUGGAACAAACCACAACGAGAGUGUGAGAGAGAGAGAGCAAAUCGUACUUCAUCAACCGAGCCGGGUUUCAAAAGUCGGAGCUAGAGAGCAUGGCUGAUCUACAAACAACAACAACAACAAACACUACAAAUGUACUUCAAAACCUGUGUGUACUUAGGCCUUAACGAAAAAAUUGUUAGUUAAGCGAAAUUUUAACCUGUUACAUUUAGGAGCUGUGCGCAACGAAGAAGUUACAAAAUUUUCGAGUUAGGAUAGUAACUUUUUUUUUAAAAUCGGUAGAAGAGCUAUCAAGUGCCAUGCGAUGAUAGAAGGGGUGAAUUUGAAACCAUUAUAUUUUCUGUCUAUUUAAUACAUAUAUCCUUAUGGAAACGAUUCUUUUAAUCUAGUUUUACUUCGUCGAGCAAGGCACACACAAACACAAAUUUACAAGAAGCAAAAGAUAAAACUUUCAACUAGCCAGUAGAAUUUAAAUAUCCAUUCACACAAAUAUCCCAACAAAUAAUCCUUAUCUGCUAACCUCUAUCGAUUGCUCUGUUAUUUAUUCCGUGCGGAGAUUUUGGGCACGCGAACGCGAACUUUAUGAUUUUAGUUAGUCUCAGUCACAGAAGAAGAUGAACAAAAAAAAAAUGAGUCCCCUCGUACACGCGGAUCUUGAACAACCCUUCUCAAAUUAAUAAUGAAAAAAAAAGCAACGCGCUAUGAUUUGCCUGCCAAUUCAACAAGAUUUUAAAACCGGGCACGAGCCAAAACUCCAUGGACACGGAGAGAAAUAUCACUUUCAGCCGGUGGAAUCCCUUACCACGUUCUACCGCAAACGAUUUUCCCUUCGUGUGCCGCGCCCCUCUCGCGCAAACCAUUAAAAUGCAGAAGCCACACGCGGCCAAAAAACCAAUAUUCCCAAUAUCAAUAAAUUCAACGUUUUUCACCCAAAAAGUGGGAAUUCUAACCCUAAAACUAAGAGCAAGGAAGUCAGUUUGAGUUUGAGAAGGGAUGGGUGCGAGAGAAUUGAUAAAGAACAAAGCAAAAAUCCUGCCUUUAGGUGAAGGGGACACAUUUUUUUAAGCAUACAUACACACUUACAAUU